ACUGGAUGUCAAUUGAUAGUCAAAAGUUUUAAAAAAUUAUUAUUAUGGAAGAAAAAAUUGUAAAUAUAACUUGUAGAGCGUGUUUACAAGAUGAGGGUGAAUUUAUAUCUGUGUUUUGUAUUGAGAAAAUCAACGGGACUAGUCUACAGCUAGCAGAAAUGAUCGAGUCAUUUUCUUCAGUAAAGAUCAGUCUUGGGGAUGGUUUCUCGGACCAAUUAUGUAAAGAAUGUUACAAUAAAACAUUAAAUUUAUUUUUAUUUAAGUUAAAAUGUGAAGAAACUGAUUUAUACCUCAAGCAGAUAGAUGCUCAAAAAGAACCCCUAAAAGAAAUCCAUGAUAAUCAGGUUAUUGUUGUGGAACAAAAAUUAAGCCAAAGUAACAGUGACAAUAUACUAGUAAAACCUGAAUAUUACAUAGACAAUGAUAGUUCUACUGAUAAUGUGGAAGUUUAUGAGGAAGUUUCUGCAGAGCAAGAAUGUAAUGAAACUGAGGAAAUUGAGGAUGAAGAAUCUGAUAAAAAUAAUUUUGCCUGUGAUAUAUGCUUUAGAACGUUUUCCCGGAUGGACAUACUUUUAAGUCACAAAAUAGCUCAUUCAAUAAAAAUAAGAGGAAACAAUGUAGAAUUUUCCAAAGGGGAGGAAUCAGAAGAACUCCUUCAAAACACAAUUUUAAUAAAAACAGAGGACUUGCUGUUUUCUUGCACUGAAUGUAAUUUAAUAUUUUUAAAAAAAGAAGAGUUGGACCUGCAUUUACAAAACCAUGGUAAAAGAAAACAACAUCAAUGUGAACAUUGCCUAAAAUCAUUUACAAAACCAUCACAUUUAACAAGGCACUUAAAAACACACUCUGCUGACAAGCUAUAUGUUUGUAAUGUUUGCAAGAAGAGGUUUUCUCGGCUGGACCAGCUUCAUUUGCAUGUGAGCUCUCAUUCAGGUGUUAAACCUCACAUCUGUGAGAUUUGUUUAAAAGGUUUUAAUCAGAUUUCAAAUUUAAAGGAUCACAUGCGUACUCACAAUGGUGAAAAGCCAUUUUUGUGCUCUGAAUGUGGCAAAGGGUUUAAUCAGUUGGGAAAUUUACGGCAACAUACUAUUAGGCAUACAGGAAUUAAAUCUCAUUUGUGUAGUACUUGUGGAAAUGGAUUUGCUAGUAAAGGAGAACUUUCUGCUCAUUUAAGAAAACAUACAGGGGCAAGACCUUUUGUGUGUCCCGAAUGUAACAGGGGCUUCACAACUUCGAGUUCUCUCACAAAACACAAACGAAUCCAUUCGGGCGAGAAGCCAUACGAGUGCGACGUUUGCAAAAUGAAAUUUUCGAGGUCUGGAAUUUUGGCGAGACAUAAAAGAACACACACCGGCGAAAAACCGUACGUUUGCAAGUUUUGCGGUAAAGCUUUUUCGCAGUCCAAUGAUCUUACAUCUCACUUGAGAAUACACACAGGUGAAAAACCGUAUGUCUGUGACAUGUGUGGACAAGCAUUCAGACAAAGUUCAGCAUUAAAAACACAUAAAAGGACCCAUGAAGAAAAAAUAGAUUAUGAAAAAUCUACAAUUACUUCAUUUGUAACCUUUUAAACAACCAAGAUUUUUAUGUAAUUUAUAUUAUGUAGUAAGUGUAAAUUCAAAUCAUAAAAUUAAUGUUUUAAAAGAUAAGUUAAUUACCCUAGGCCCAUGGUUUACCCCAUGUCUAGUACUUUGACUUAGUUUUUAAGAUUAUGACAUGAUUGUAACAAUUCAACUUUAUUGUAUAGGUACCUAUUUAUAUUAUACCAAAUUAUAUUUAAUUUUAUUGUAAAUGGAAUUAAACAAAUGUUAUUUUUU